AUGGAUUUUCCAGCGAAAAGGACUUCCACAAUGCCCCUAACAACUUCCUACAACGCCAACAUCAGACGAAGCUGCAUGGCUUUGUUCACGCUCUUCCUGUUCGCGGCACACAUCAGUCUAACUUCCGGUCAAAUCGAUUGGGACGACGACGAUGAUCCAGUUUCAACAGUGUCCGUGGAGGCCGUUCUGGGACGAACCGCAUCCUUGCCGUGCGACAUCGAGCCGGAGGCGAAGGACGACCGGGUGUACAUGGUGCUCUGGUUCCGUGAGAGCGCCGGAAAGCCACUUUACAGCUUCGACGUCCGGGGACGACCCUUCGAGAAGGCACUCUACUGGUCGGACACCAACUCAUUUGGGCCACGUGCGUACUUCGUCACCGGACAGCAGCCGGCCAAGUUAUCGGUGGACAACAUCCAACUGGACGACGAGGGCGUUUAUCGCUGCCGCGUCGACUUUCAGAACUCGCCCACGCGUAAUCAUAGAAUUAACUUAACGGUUAUUGUUCCUCCGCACCAAAUACUCGUGUACGAUGCCUCCGGACGCGAUGUUGCCGGAGCUGUGGGUCCAUUGCUCGAGGGCGAUAAUAUUGUGUUGACAUGUGAAGUGCGUGGCGGUCGCCCGGAGCCGACGGUGACCUGGCUGAACGGAACACGGACCCUGGAGGCGGGCAGCGGAGUCUCGAUGGGCCGCCAUGUGACCGUGAACCGCCUGGAGGUGGCCCAAAUCUCGCGCUCCGCUCUGAACAACACGUACCGCUGCCAGGCGUCCAACACGAAGUUGGUGGCACCCGUGGAGCGCAGCAUCCGCAUCGAGAUGUUACUCAAACCCACGUCAGUCAAUUUAACCAAUAAGUUGAAAGUCUUCGCCUCGAACACGCAGUACAAUCUCACCUGUAUUGUGGCCGGCUCUGUUCCGGACACGGAAAUCAAAUGGACGCAGAAUAAUCGGCCCUUCAAACGUGGCCUGUUGUCGACGAGCCAGGGCAAUGGCAGAGUCAUAUCCACACUGACAUUCUAUCCACAGCCCGAGGACGACGGCACCAUGCUCAAGUGCGAGGGCUCCAACCCACGGCUCCAGAACUCGGCCAUCGAGGACUCGCUCAUGAUGAAUGUCAUCUAUCCGCCCCAGGUCACCUUGUCGCUGGGCUCCACACUGCGUCCGGACGACAUCAAGGAGGGCGACGACGUCUACUUCGAGUGCCACAUCAAGUCCAAUCCCAAGGAGCAUCGCAUCAUGUGGUCGCACGACGGACAACCGGUCACCCAGAAUGUAUCCUGGGGCAUCAUCAUCUCCACCCGCUCCCUGGUCCUCCAGCGAGUGGGGCGCAUCCACUCCGGGUUUUACGCCUGCUCGGCGGCCAAUGACCGCGGGGAAACUCAGUCCGCUCCGGUCAACUUGAGGAUUCGAUAUGCGCCAGUCUGCAGCAGCAGCUCCAUCACCGUGAUUGGAGCUUCCUUGGAGGAGGCCGUGCCCAUCCCGUGCCGCGUCAACUCAGAUCCUCCCGAAAUCGACUUCGAAUGGACCUUCUCCACCAGUGGCGAGCACUUCGAGGUGCCCUCGGGCCACUACGCCACCAUCCAGGACCCCACCAUGACCACCACCAGCGAUGUCAGGCGCACUGUCGUCGAGUCCAACGAGACGCACUUCGAGAGCUACGUGGAAACCGUCAGCGAGCUGAUCUACACGCCCAAAGGCGAACGGGACUACGGAACAUUGGCCUGUUACGGCCGAAAUGCCAUCGGAAAGCAGUCGGAUCCGUGUGUGUUCCAGGUGGUGCCAGCAGCCAAGCCGGGAGCACUGCGAAACUGUACACUCCGGCCGUAUGUGGUGACCUCCGCCUCGCUGAACUCAUCGAAUCAGACGACAAUGCAUGCCAAUCAGAUGCUGCCCACACAAUACGGCAGACACGAGUCGAAUUACCCGCACAUGGAGUACGUACGUGAGCGCCAUAACAGCAGUGGCAGCAACAAUGGCAGUGCUCCUGGAACUGCCCGGAACAAUGUGGCCAAUAAAAAUAUGAGGGGCAGGACCCCCAGUGCCGGCCAGGCCAAAUCCAAUAAUAAGCAGCUCAGUCAGCAGCAACUACAGCGCCUCAAGAAGCGGACAUCAUUCACACCGUCGCAGACACUGGCGGCCAUCGAGCGGCAGCGCCAGAGAAAGCAAUCGCAGCAGCAACAGCAACAGCAACAGCAACUCCAGGCCACUGCUACCAUGUCCGGUAGCGAUAGCACACCUGAUGGAUCGCCGUCCAAGUCGUCGAAGCAGCGAAUGCGGCGCGCCAGCCGAGUCCCGCAGAGACAGCAGCAACAUCAGCAACACCAGCAACAGCAGCAACAGCAGCAACACCAGCUGCAUGCAGCCACAUCAAUAACCAGCAGCCAGCGGAAGCAGGCAGAAUCAAAUUUAUCAACGUCGCAUCUAGGCAAAGGCAGCAGCAGCAACAUCAACAGCAAGAGUAACAAUGGCAAACAGCCAGCAAAGUAUUUUAAUAAGCGACAGAAAAACAUGCACAAACAGAAGCAAAGGCAACAGCAAAAGCAAAAGCAAAAGCAACUGAAGGAAACAACAGACGAGCACAACAGCAAUAUAAUCCAUCAUUAUGCAACUUCGAGUUCGAGUUUGAGGCGAAGGAAGCGACUGGCAGCAAAUGACAUCUUGGCAACUGUGGCGGCGGCUUCCACAUCGGCAUCAUUAUCUUCCCCACCCUCCUCUUCGGCUGCAUCAUUGGCUGCCACUGCCACGGCGGCGGUGGAAAUCGAGCAGGAUGUUGCUGCUGUUGCUGCUGCGGCUGAUGCCAGUGCCAGCAACAAUAAGCGGUCUCGCAAGUCCCUAACCAUCCUAGACAAACAGAAGCAGCAGCAGCAACAGUUGCUGCCCCCCAAUGCUCCGCAAAUAAGCAACCAGCCGGUAGCAGCAAUUAGCGGCAACAAUGUCAGGGAAAGAGCAGCGACAUCGGCACAAGGUGCAGUUGCAGCGGAAGUCAAGGACAAGGCGUCGUCCUCCAAGCAGGACUCCACUGGCAAUGACAACGACAAUGAUGGUGAUGAGGACGACGACGAUGAUGACGAAGAUGGAGUAGAGAUGGAUGCUGAAACAGAGACUAAUGAUGAGGAAGUGGACGAGGAUGGAGGGGCUCAUGAUGACGACGCAGACCUGGAUGAAGAUGUUGCCCAGCUGGCCACCGACGCCGAUUACUUGGCCGACGGUCCGGGCGAUCUGGAGGACUACGAAACUGUGGGGGAGGGGGACGGGCGGCCGAAACAUGUGCACAUGCUGUCCCUGGAGGAGCAGCUGGAUCUGGAGUCGCUGGAGGACAACGUCGAGGAGGAGGAGGCCGGCGAUGACGACGGCGAGGUCGAUGAUAUGUACAAUGUUAGCGAUGAUGACUUUGUUGCCAGUGUGGCUCUCUCCACAUCCGACACCACAGCCGCCACCCCGCUGCAACGGACAACAGAAGGACCUCACAUUAGGGAGAAAACCACCCAAGCCACCGACUCCGCUGCUGAUUGGCAGCUUCCUCAUUUCGACUACUCACGCAUGGAGUAUAGUUUCAGCAACGGAGUAGUCACCCAGAGUUUGCUGGGUGGGUCGGGAACUGGGUCUGGACAUGACGGCUUUGCCGGCGGCGGAACCAUAAAUUUCGACAACUACGACAACAUCAUCUACUCCACCAUGGAACUCGAGUGCAUGCCAGGAUACGACGGCGGACUGCAGCAGCAGUUCUUUCUGGAGGCCUACGACUCCAAGACCAAGAAGCUCAGGCUCAACAUGAGCAGCACCUACACGGAUGUGCCCGUUUUUCGAAUCGAUCUAUCAGAUCUGAUGCCCAUGGACUACUAUCCCGAUGCCCAUCCGGCCCUGCACCUGGUCGUCUACAGCGUCAAUCAGAAGGGUCGCUCGGAGCCUAUUGUCCUCGAGAAUGUGCCCAUCAAUGAGGCGGACAAGCGCUCAGAUGGUCGAAUGGGCCUGUCGAUCUUACCCCUGGCUGCUCUCCUCGCCGGAACACUAUUCACCGUGGGCAUAGCGGUGCUAUCCGUGGUGGUCAUCGCCGUUCGCAGGCGCCGUGGCCAAGGAGCCCGCAACAUGUGCGAUGACAAGGACAAGCACCUGGGCAUGGAUGUGACGGUGACGGCGCCCCUGGAAACGGGAGCGGGCCACCAGCGCCUCGUGGUGGCCUACACCCUGAAGCAGGGCAUCGAGAAGCAGCCGGACAUAUUGAGCGCCCAGAAGAGUGCUCCAACUGGCGGUGACGCCUCGUCGCCGUUGGGAAAUCGGCCGAGUGGUUUGUUCGUCGGCGGAGGAGUAGGUGGUGGCGCGGGCGGUGCAUCUGCCGCUCCCAUGACGGACAACACUGGUGGCCACAAAACCACGGAUUAUGAUGGCAAUGCGCCGCACCUGAACAGCCCGCCCUCGCAGUCCAGCACCUUGAAGCUGGAGAGUGACCCGGCGGCGAGUAGUGGCCUGGUCAGUGCCCGGGGUGGAGGGAGCAACCCACCGCUUCUCUACGACGCCAUGCCCACGCUGAGUCGCUACGAGCAGCUGGGUCUGAGCAUGGCCAGCUACUCCGCCGGAGCGGCGGGCACGGGGGGCAGCAGCAGCACCCUCAGCUCCGCCGGCAGCACGGUAAGCAAUGCGAUGGCCGCCAACGGAAAUACAGGGACGGCUGGCUACGCUGCGCACCUGCACCACACGUUGCCCCAUAACAUGGCUCCUCAGCGGGGUCACGAUCCGCUCACCCUGGCCGACUACCUGACCACCAGCAGCCUCAUAGACUACGGCCUCAACAAGCCGCCCGCUGCCCACAUGACGCUGCCCAAGGGCAUGGCUCUGGGCCUGGGGAUGGGGAUGGGGAUGGGCGUGGGCGUUGGAGCAGGAGUGGCCGUGGGUCCUGGAUCGGGAUUGGGCAUGUCAUCCGCGAUGGCCGCCGGCACAAGCCUGUCGCCGUCGCAGCUCAACGCCAUCACGCACAAGUCGGCAGCAGGACGCAACCACAUCAUCACGGACACACUGCCCGGGCCUGAGAGCUGCGUCUAAGAACCAUCCUGUCGUCCUGGCAUGGAAACCAAAAGACUGGCGCACAGCAGUAGCCCAAACACAGCCGAAUCAGAGUGACAGUGAGCAACUAACUAGUCAUGUGAAGCUGCGGUCAAGUUUUUUUAGUUACUGCAUUAACUUAAAUUUACUGAUUCUGCAGACCAAGUCUAAGAGUUUAAUGGUAAAUAUUACCAUAUCUCCGACGGCUUUUAAUAUAUUUCAAAGAAUAUCCCUUAAAACAUAAAGUAUUUAUUUUGUUUUAAA